GCUUACCACCACCGCCCUCGAACCUUCCGACCUUCAAGAGCCCGUUUUUCGUCGACUUCCUCGCCUUUUCAUCCCUAAUCAUACAUCGUUGAAUAGCUAUGGCCCGUACCAAGCAAACCGCCCGCAAGUCCACUGGUGGCAAGGCCCCUCGUAAGCAGCUGGCCACAAAAGCCAGGAAGACUUCGACGGCUACCGCCACUGGCGGAGUCAAGAAGCCCCACAGGUUCCGGCCCGGAACCGUCGCCCUCCGUGAGAUCCGGCGGUACCAGAAGUCCACCGAGCUCCUUAUUAGGAAGCUCCCCUUCCAGCGUCUUGUCCGUGAAAUCGCUCAGGACUUCAAGACGGACCUGCGCUUCCAGUCCUCGGCCGUCAUGGCGCUUCAGGAGGCUGCUGAGGCUUAUCUCGUCUCCCUCUUCGAAGAUACCAACUUGGCUGCCAUCCACGCCAAGCGUGUCACCAUCCAGCCCAAGGAUCUGGCUCUCGCUCGUCGUCUCAGGGGAGAGAGGUCUUGAAUGGGCCGACUCCGUUUAUCGUUCGUCCGUUCGAUAGGCUCCCUCGCCUACAUUACCUUCCUUGGAUUCAGUCCCCGUUCGAGCGAUCUUGUAUUGUACUGUG